AUGAACGAAGUAACUGACUUGCAUGCACAUGCAGAUCCCUUUUUUCUCCUGCAGGGGGAGAAAGAGAGGAAGUCGGUUACUGCAUGUGGCGCACAUGUUUUGGAUGGCGAAAACAGGGUGUGCGCAGAUGAUGGCAGGAACACUGAGGAUUAUGGGAAUUCGUCGCAAAGUUCAACGGAUGCACCCGUAGAGGACUGUUGGCGUCGCAACAAGGUGCUACUUGAAGGGAUUCUUAGCGAUAUUUUUUUUUCGACACUGCCAAGCGGGGCGAGUACGUCAGGACGGUGCAAUGUCUCUCUGGAAGCUUUGCAGGCGCGCGGGGCCCUCCGAAAGUGGGGCAGCUAUGUUGUGGAUCCUGUGCACAUGAAGUUGAGUGCUGUGGAUGCAUUACUGAGUCGUGCGGCCCAGGGGGGAUCGGGGACAGAAUCCAGCGAAUCAAAAAAGCAUUUCUUGCCUCAAAGUUUGCCACAGAAAUUAAAUGUUCCGCUUACUCUCCGAUGUGCCUUUUGUCAAAGGUUUGAUUCUUUAUGCAGCAAUUGUCACCGCAAUUGGAAGGAGAUUCUUCGAAAGCGGCAACGUGUUGUAGCUCUUCAGAGUUACUGCAGACUACCAGAGGAUAGGCGGUGUGGAUUGCUUUUUAUGACGGCUGCAUAUGGGGUGGGGGAAUUUGCAGCGAUGCAGCUAGAAUUUGAUGGGGAAAAGUGCUUUAAAUGGCGUUCGGUCUUUUUCCCUUUAAAGAAUGGUACGACGGAGCGACAACACAGUCUUGUGAAGGUGGGCGAAGUACAUGCUUUGCAUGUGGCAUUUGCUUAUGAUCGUGUUGACGUGGCUGAAUUCUUGCUUGCUCAUCCCCGUUGUUUGAUGCUGAAGUCCGAACACCGCGUUGAUAUACUUAAUUUUCUUCCCAAACCUCUUACUCCCCAGUGGGAAGCUGUGCUAAAUAAUUCGGAUGUGUACGUGAAUCACCUUCUUGUUGAACAAGCCAAACGGCUGCGUCGUGCGGAAGACUGGGAAGGGGCGGAGGCUCUCUACGCUGAACUGCUUCAACGAAAGCCAGACAGUGAGCAUGCACAUAGCGGUUGGGCAAAGAUGCGCUAUGACCAAGGAUAUGUGGUGGAAUGCAUUCAUUUGUGCGAUUCUAUGAUUUCUGGUGAAACCUUGGUGGAUUGGAAUGAAUUUAGUUUGGAGAGCAUUAAGUCAUUACGUGGGGCGUCGUUAGAAAGGUAUCACGAGUACUGCCACCAAGUUGAGACUGAAGGAGUACUUAAGGCGUGUGGUUGCGUCAUUCUUGAUAAAGUGCGUGUUCCUAUUAGAAAGCUACCCUUUUCCAUUAUAGUCGAUAGCAUAUUUCUUUUUUGUGACGGUGUGUCUUUGUGGAAUAUUUUCAAAUCCACGAGAAUGCCACUGCUGCGUGCAGUGUGCGAAAAACUUACUGCCCUUCUGCCUAAAUGGUGUCUCCAGAUACUUUUGAUGCGUGAGCCUGGAUUUAAAGGAAUGUCUGAUAAACUCCUCUGCAAGCUGCCUUCUAGUGUGGGAAAAUUAGCCGUUUCACCUGUGCGUCCACUAGGGCUUUCUGUUGUGGCUAUGGCAGACUUUAACAUGUUUCUUGUCCGUGCACAUGCCGCGUGUUUCUCAGCAAAGACGGUUAAAAAUGGGUUUUCUGCCCUGUCGCUUUUUGGCUUUGGGCGCAAGGAGUCCAAGGAUGGUCGUCAGGCACCUAACGAAGCAACGGAGAUCGUUAUCAGUAAACAAUAUCGUAUUUACCGCCCGAGUGUAGAGGAGCCGUGGUGUAUAAAGGAAACUGGGGAGUGGGAGGUUGAUGAACUGUCAGUGGAGGUGUUCGAGUCACAUUUACUGCAAGUAAAGAACCUCUGUGAUGAUAAGUAG